GUUAGGUGUGUCCAGAAGGAGCCAAAAUCUAUAUCAAAGUCUUCUGCAUGACUUUGACUGCAUUAAUUGAAUUUUAGCCCAAAACAGUAUUUCAAUGUUUGAUCGUAUUGCUUUUCAGGGAAUUUUUAAUCAUUCAGAUGCAAAUUAGAACCGAAAGUAGUGUUAGUACGAUGAAUUCCUCCAUGUUCUUCCUAUUCUUCUUCAGCUUGCUUCUUCUGUCACGGCACCAUUGUGCCGAAGUUUACGAGAUAAGUCCUGCGCAACCAUUAUCAGAGGGACAAACUCUUGUCUCCCCCCGCCAUGUUUUCGAAUUGGGAUUCUUCAGUCCUAAUAAUAAUUCCGGUAAUAAGAAGUAUGUGGGGAUAUGGCACAAGAGUAUUUUUCCUCGAAAAGUUGUAUGGGUGGCCAACAGAGAAAAGCCGAUUGCAGCUUCAGACACCUUGGCUAGUUUGAGAAUAAGCAGCAUGGGGAAUCUGGAGCUUGUAGAUGGAAAACAGAAUCCUCUUUGGUCAACGAAUAUUUCGGUGCUAUCUAAUGGUUCAGCUGCAUCUCUUUUAGACACCGGAAACUUUGUCGUAAAAGAUGAUGAUGUCGGAGCUGAACCGUUGUGGCAGAGUUUUGAUUAUCCUAGUGACACACUUCUACCAAGUAUGCUGCUGGGGUUCAAUAGCAAAUCUGGAGAGACGAAUUUCCUGACUUCCUGGAAAAGUGAGAGUGAUCCAUCGACGGGGAUGUUCAUGGUUGGAUUGACACCAGAGGUGCCAUCACAGAUUGUAAUUUGGAUUAAUGGAUCAACUCCCUACUGGAGAACCGGGCCAUGGGAUAAAUCAAAGUUCAUCGGGCUACCAGGUACAAAUGAUGCAUAUACAAGUGGAUUCAGAUUAGAUGAUAAUGCAGAGGAAGGAACAAAGUAUUAUUCUUAUAGUUCUUAUAAUUACGGGGACGUUUUGGCGUACUCAGACAUCUCUUCAGACGGUACACUUAAGUUUAUGAAUUCGGAACGUGGAGAGUACUGGAUUCUUGACUUUUUAGCACAAAAUAACUCAUGUGAUAAGUAUGCAGCAUGCGGACCUUUCGGGGUUUGCAAACGUUCUGAAUCUCCAACAACUCCAAUAUGCAAGUGUUUUGAAAGGGUUUGUACCAAAGUCACACGAGGAAUGGAGCAAAGGAAACAGGACAGGAGGGUGUGUGAGGCAAACCAAAUUGUUUUGUGAGACUAAUACAAGUCAGUCAGUCGCUUCGAGAAGAAAUGAAGACGGGUUUUUGAAGAUGACGCAGUUAAAAAGUACCAGAUUUUCAUGAAUAUAUCAAGUUUUCAGAUGCACAGAAGUGCAGGACACAGUGCCUAAAAAAUUGUUCUUGCCUGGCUUAUGCACAUGUUGAUAACAUAGGAUGUUUGGUCUGGUCCAAAGGCCUUCUUGAUAUACAGGAAUUUGUCUAUGGUGGAGAAGAUCUUUUUAUUCGCCUGGACCGCUCAGAACUCGGUGAAGGAAAGCCAAUAAAGUUAAUUGCCAGCCUCGCAGCAAUUUGUUUGAUUAGCAUCUUGGGUGCCCUAGGGUUCGGUUUCCACAGGUUGCAAGCUAAUAAUAAAAAGGGAAACGCCAGAUUAACUGAUACAAUUGAGAACGGAAGAGACACUCUUCAAGAAUACAUUGGAAAGCAUGAUCCAUCAGAGCUGGUCAUCUAUAAUUUCGAUAGCAUUUUAAUCGCAACGAACAAUUUCAGUAUCACAAACAAACUCGGGGAAGGAGGAUUUGGCCCUGUUUACAAGGGUAAGCUGCAAGAAGGGAAGGAAAUAG